GCAAUUAGGGGCAGGUGUGCACUGGAACUAAAUCUGACUAAAGUCAGCGGUUAUUUUACCAGUAAACAAUACAUGCUGUCUGUGCGGGGGAAGUCAGCAAAGAAAGACCCAUCCGCUCCUAUAGCGCAGUCAAAUAAUUGUAUUUGAUUGUAUUUUUUUUUAUUUUAUAUGCGUGGUUUGGUUUUACACCAGUUUUAAUAGGUCCAAAAUAAUCACACAAUUUCAGACCAGGGGCGUGCACGUACCAAAGGAAACAGAGCGCGCGCGCCUCAUUAUCAUAUUCAAACGAACUGCAGUCGGCAGACCCGCGAAAUAGAGCACUCGGUGAAGAAUAGGCUGCUCAUGCGGCACUAACCAAUUGCCAGCUGGAAGGAUAAAUAAUCAGAUACAAAAGAUUCCAGUCUACGAUGGAGAUUGACAGUCUAAUGAAACAGGAGUUUGUCAGUAUCUGGGUCCAGGAGCCACAAUUCCACAAAGAUGACUUCUGGCACACGCACGUUGACUAUGAGAUCUGUUUACAUGAAGAAGACUUCCUCUGUCCGGAGGCGAUACAGUGAGUUUGUUUGGCUCCGGCAGCGUCUGCAGGACAACACUAUGCUCGUAGAGUUGCCCAAACUGCCUCCCCGGAACCCUUUCUUCAGUAUGAAAAACCCCUACAAGGUCAACCAGAGGAUGAAUGGCCUGCGGGAGUUUCUAGAGAUGAUCCUCCAGGACCCCCUGCUGCUGUCUGACAGUAGAGUGCACCUGUUCCUCCAAUCCCAGCUGAGUACGACCAAGAUGGAGGCAUGCGUCUUGGGUCGGACACGCUACACAGUGGCACAGGCCAUCCAGAUGUGUAGCGACUGUCACCGCACACGCUUCCCCAUAGAGAAGGGCAGCAAGGUGUACUUCAACUCAGACUGUGAAAGCCUCACCAGCACCACAUCAAGUCUGGGCCACAGCCAUGACUCUGGGGUCCCCCAGAGCCCCAGCCCUCUACCCUUUGACUGCAGCACCUGUGAAAAUUCUGACGGCAACAUUCGCAUCCGGGAUGCGGGAUUCUUCUGCAGUCUGUCAGAGUCAUCGUGUGACCAGGAACACAUGGAGCCCUGACACACCACUUCCACACACAGGCACAAAGGGGCUGUUUCCCAGACAAAGAUUAAGCCUAGUCCUGCAUGCUAAAUGGAGAUUCUUUCAAGUGCUUUUAUUCCAUGGCUAGGCUCAAUCUUUGUCUGGGAAACUACUCAAAAGACUGUUUGCUACUGUUCCUGAUGUGCUUCUCAAACCUCUGAUUAACUGGUGGCGUAGAAAGGUAUUUUUAUGUGGUUCUGUUGGAUUUCUCUCUGCGUCCCCAUCGGCCUUUUUAAAAUGACUGAGCCAUGUUUUCUUAAAGGAUAUUUUAUUGACAUUCCCUCUAUUGUGGACCAACUGGUGUUUCUAGUGAAUGAGUUUUGUCCAAAACAGAACGUUGUCUUAAUGCAAUAUCUCAUUCUUGAAAUCUAACUUGUGCCUUACAUUUUGUUCCUUUGUAUGUGAAUCGGUUUACCUGCAGUCAUACUAGGAAAGGUUCUUAAAUUAUACUUUAAAAAAAAUAUUAUAAUAAUUUGCACGAUUAAACUGCUAUAAGGUUAGCAAGGGACGCCGAGUUGUGUAGGCUAACUUUUAAGUAUUCCAAGUAUCAAUUAUUUUUUUAUUUUUUUAAGAACUAACUUUAUUUACUUGGUUGGUGCCCUUUGAAAUCCUGGAAUGUCCAAGUAAUUUGUUGAAAUGUGCUUUGGUUUCUUUUUAAGGUUAUCCCUGGGCUUUCCUUCAGCAUUAACUUCAGGCUUAGAGGCUGGUGGGAAGUGCUGUAAGACUUAUUGUGAUGGCUGCUAUGGUAUCAAACAUAUGAAACCACAUUUGACACUUCCAUUCCAGCCAUGACAAUGAGCCUGUCUUAUAGCUCCUCCCACCAGCCUCUGGCCUAGAUGUCUUCUGUUAUGAGUGACGAUCUAUACUGAACAAAAAAUAUAAACAUGUAAAGUGUUGGUCCUAUGAGCUGAAAUAAAAGAUCCCCGAAAUGUUGAA